AUGUCCCGGACGCGCCAACCAGCAGCAGGGAAUUCCCAGGUGCAGAGCACAAUUGAGCCGCCCCAGGAAUCCUCUUCCUUUCGGCUUUCAGGAACCCUCCGCUUGAGGGGUGAUGACAAUACCGCCGCCGCAAAUGACUCCUCGUCUUCCCGUCACAUUAGAUGGAGCGAAGAUGUCGUGGACAAUGAAGGCAUGGGAAAGAAGAGCUCUAAAGUUUGCUGUAUCUACCACAAAGCUCGACCGGUGGGCGAAAGCAGCUCCGAAUCUGAGUCCUCUGAUUCCAGUUCAUCUGAUUCAGACAGUGAUAGUGAUGGCGGUCAUUCGCGCCAUCUAGCGAAUCGCUCUCACCAUUCACACCAUCGAGGGCGGCGAUCGCCAGACGGUCACCAGUCUGGGGAGUCGGCGGAUGCAGAUUCGACUGCCUGCUGCUCAGACCAUCACACCACAAAACACAAGAGGAGGAAGCCGAGUCCAAAUGCAUAUGAGAAAAUGCCUAAAUAUUCGAAGAACCACUCACAAGGCUCUUGA